CCUUUGUUUGUCCGAGUUUGUCUCGAUCCUCUCUUCACAAACCAAUUAAGCAUUAUCCUCCAAAAGUACAUUCGUCUUUUUUUCCCUCUUUUCCAGAAGACAAUCAAUAUUCACACAAGAAAAAACAAAUCUCUGUUCCUCGAGUCUUACCAUAGAAACUGAACAAAAACAAUGGCGAACGCGGCGUCGGGGAUGGCAGUGGAGGACAACUGCAAGCUGAAGUUUUUGGAGCUAAAGAAAAGAACCUACCGGUUCAUAAUAUUCAGGAUAGAUGGACAGCAAGUGGUGGUUGAAAAGUUAGGAAACCCGCAGGAGACUUACGAUGAUUUCACCAAUUCCCUCCCUGCCGAUGAGUGCCGCUAUGCGGUUUUCGAUUUAGAUUUUACCACCAAUGAAAACUGCCAGAAGAGCAAAAUCUUCUUCAUCGCCUGGUCACCGGAUUCAUCUAGAGUGAGGAUGAAGAUGGUGUACGCGAGCUCUAAGGAUAGGUUCAAGAGAUCAUUGGACGGCAUUCAGGUUGAGUUACAAGCCACUGAUCCUAGCGAGAUGAGCUUUGACAUCGUCAAAAGCCGAGCUCUCUAAACAUUUCCGUUGUAUUCAUCAAGCAUUUAUAUAUAAUCUUUCGUAUUUCUCAUAUUGAAAAGAAAACAAAAUUAAAACACACUCACGUUAUGUAAUUUUCUUGGUUAUGAUCUUAUAUUUCUUCAUUGUCGUUUCCAUUCAUUUUCCACUUCUCUUUUGUAGACAUAUUCUUAUGAAAAAGUAAAAAACAUGCUUUCAUGAAAAUGUUGUCGGGAAGUUGAAAGUUGAAACCAUGAAUAGGUAUAGCUUGUUUGUGUUAACGUCCCAAAGCAAAGCUAGCUUGUUGUGCAACUACUCAAAUAAGGAAUAGAACUAUGCUUUAACCAUUUUUAACAUCAUGUCAAUAUCUC